AACCGAAACAGUAUCAACGUCUUAGUUUCAGUAUUCACAUCAAGAUGAAUACCUACCAAGGACUUUUCGUCCUCGCUUUAGUGGCUUUAGUGGGAGUUACUCUAACUCAAUCUCGUGAAAUCAGUCGGGACAAACGUGAAGUUAGUAGUGAUCUGGAAACUGCGGCGUCCGGGCACGGUCACCAUUGGAAAAAGGGAGGCGGUCACGAGGGCCACUCUGACCACCACAGCAGCCACGGUGAAAAGGGCGACAAAGGCUACAAAGGUCACCAUCACCACGAAAAAGGAUCCAAGGGCCAUCACGACAAAGAAGGCCACAAGAAACACUAUGAAGAACACGGAGGUCACAAGAAGAAGCACCACCACGACGAUGGAUACCACGCUGAACACCACAAAGGAGAAAAGGGUGAGAAAGGACACAAAUACGGUGAAAAGGGAUCUUACAAAAAGGGUCACAGCACCAAAGGAGGACAUGACGUACACAAACUAGACGAAUACAAGAAAGAAAAACACUUCUUCGAUGAAGACCACGACUCCGGCCAUCACGAAAAACACGGAGGCCAUCACCACGAAGAUGGAUACAAGAAGGGAGGCCACAAGAAAGGAGGCCACAAGAAGGGAGGACACCAUGAAGACCACUACGGCAAGAAGGGAGGUCACGAGAAGGGAUCCCACUACCAUGAAUCUGCUGGUCACAAGAAAGCCGGUGGACACGAUGAUCACUACCACCACGACCACAAAUAUGGAAAGAAGGGUGGACACGAAGACCACAAGAAGUGGGGAUUCAAAAAGGGACAUUAAGUACCAAACUACAAAUGUGAUUCAGUUGAUUUUUGUUAAGAAUAGUUGUGUUUUAUUGGUUGUUGUUCUGUUUUAUGUGACUAGUUUUAAUAAAACGAUUUUAUUAUU